AGAGAUGGUAAGCAGAUGUAAGAUUAUACGUUUCCAUUAAUUAUAAAUAAAACAAAUUUAUCCAAUCAGUUUGUUAUAAUUUGUAUAGAUUUAUCCUCAUACAGCAUAUACAGAUAGAUUCAAGUACGUGAAUGUAUAUUAAAUGAACUCAAAUUUUCGCAUCAUAGUUUAAUAAAAAAGUUCAGAAUUGAGAAAGAUUAAUUAAAAUAAUGACGAGACACGCGAGAAAUUGUACCGCUGGCGCUGUUUAUACUUAUCAUGAGAAAAAAAAAGAUGCAAGUGCUUCAGGUUAUGGUACUAAUACACAAAGAGUUGGGAAAGAUUCUGUAAAGGAUUUUGAUUGUUGCUGCCUUACUUUGCAACCUUGUAGAGAGCCUGUAGUAACAAAAGAUGGUUAUCUCUUUGAUAAAGAAGCGAUAUUAGAGUAUAUUCUAACGAAGAAAAGAGAAUAUGGCAGAAAAUUAAAAGAAUAUGAAAAACAGAAACAUAAGGAACAGGAGGAGUUACAUGAGCGAACUGUAAACGAGGAGCUAUUAAAAUUGCAGAACUUUUUAAAAAGUGAAAAAAAUAUUGUUUCAAGGACCAAAUCCAAAUCUAAUCAAUCAAAUAAUUCGGUUUCGAAUAUGAGCAAUGGAAAAGAUAAAACAUUACCUAGUUUCUGGAUUCCUUCUAAAACACCCGAGGCAAAAAAAACAAAAUUACAAAAGCCCAAUAAAACAGUUUACUGUCCUCUCAGUGGUAAACCUUUGAAAUUAAGCGACCUUAUUUCUGUUAAAUUUACUGAAGUUAAAGAUCCAGAUGAUAAUAAGUCGCUUAUAGUAAAACAAGCACGAUAUAUGUGUCCCAUUACACAUGAUAUUUUGAGUAAUAGUGUUCCUUGUGCAGUAAUUAAAACGACUGGUCAUGUUGUCACAAUGGAAUGUGUUGAAAAAAUAUUAAAAAAAGAAUGGAUCAAUCCAUUGGAUGGUUCAAAAUUAACAGAAGCAGAUAUUAUACCUCUACAAAGGGGUGGCACAGGUUAUUCAGCUGUAAAUGAUUCUUUAGAAGGUAAACAUGAAAGACCAGUAUUGCAAGCUUAAAUAUACAAAAAAUAAUUUUUUGUAAAUAUGUAAUUAAUAAAAUUUACAAUAAAAGA